GUGCUGCGCGGCUGACAGUGUAACGGUUGCUAGGGAGACCGUUCCCUAACAACGCUUUCAUAUACAUAUGACCGCCGUGCACGCUACACGAGAGGCGAUCAAUAUGGAGCCCUUACCGGCCACGUUUUAUGGAAAUGUAGACCAAAAGAAUCCGGUGAUCGCCACGUUUGAAAACGAAAUCAAGCAGCUGCUUGGCUUUAUGAGAAAGCUGCAGAGAUCGUCCCUGGGAGACACACAGCAGGAGGAGCACAGGAAGGGAUCAAGUACAUUGUUUCAUAUUUGGGUCAAGUAUAAACCACGACUGCCAGCCUGGUAUUAUCAAGAAAAGCUUCUUAAGGUUGGAGAUAGCCUUGUUCAGAUCACAGAAUAUAAACUGGCACUCUUUCAGUGCUACGGCCGCUAUCUGGAACAGUUUUGCUCAGCUGACAUUGAUGAAAUUACAGAUGUAGAAAAAUUUAAGGCUACAUUUUUUCCAUCUGGAACGGAUGACAAAAAUGCUGGUUUGACGUUCCAUGCCCUGCAAGGCAGAUGUAUUUGCAUGUACCAGUUGGUGAAGACCAGUGAUGCUAAUCUUCAAAACCAGGAAUCUGUAAAGAAAUGCCUUAGAAUUUUGUCUUUUCUACAACUCAUCAUGCAGGUUGUCCUUCCACAGGAACAUCUCUGUUGGUUGAUUUUUAAUGGUACCCUUCAUAUAUACACAAUAUGCAGACACUUAAUGGUACUGGGACAUUCAUCACAGGCUCUAGAGUUCCUCUUAUGGGCAAGUGUGUGUAUGGAAUCAUCAGUUCCCCUGCUGUCACUUCACUACCUGAAAUGGAGGGCGACACUCUACACUGCUGUGUGCCAGUGCUACUUCGACUGCCGAGAAGGAGUUCAUGGAGAGGUGUUUGCUCGUCGUGCUCUCAGUAAGAUAAGUGAGCUUAGUCAGCUUGAAAACAUGAGUGAUUCUUCCUACAAUGAAGGAGCAAAGAAAGCUUUUAAAGAGUCGACUCUUAAGAUGGCAGUGAUGAUCUUCAAAAGAGCUGUGUUUGAGUCCAGAAGAAAACCAAAAGAAAUUCUUCGCCCAAAACUAAAGAACAAUCUAAAGGAUGCAGAAAAGUUACCAUGGCCCCGUACUAACACAGAACGGCUACUAGUAGAGAUGUUUGGUAACAAUGCCGCCCAGUUCCUUGCUAUCGUUGAAGCCCUGACAGAUAGUAAUAGACGAGUGCUCCAGGCUGGACCACCUUUGCCCGAUGAACCAGAGAUACAUGAUGUUAUUGCAGAACUAUUUUUUGCAGGCAUUGAUAUCCUUUCAGGUGGAGGAGUCAAACCUGAGCGUGGUACUCCGGGUAAUAUCCAGGCUGAAUUGGGAAGAUUGCUGAAUGACUGCUCACUUUUGGAGCUAGCUGUGGAAGAAAAGAAUGCAGUCUCUGCCGAAGCUGUUGUGAAAUUUUCAAAGUUAGCAUUUAGCUAUGAACACUGGGAAGUGUUCGAUGCCAUUAUGCCUCCAUUAUACACCUUCCUACAGACACAGGAAGGUGAAAAAUGGAAGAAAGAAGAAAUGGUUCUUAGGAUACUACUUGCUGCUGAGCCUUUGUUGUCUGGGAAAAAGCAUACACACGGUUUAAUAGCCAAAGAUGAUCAAAAAUCAAGAUCAGAUAUUCCUAAUUAUCUAAACAUUUUUGGACUUCAAGGUGAAUCUGUAGAAAACAAGAGUCCAGAUGAUUACGUUAGACUGGCGGAAACGCUCUAUUGCUGCAUUUGUAACUCUUUACAGGAUCUCCAGCCUGACAGGGAUGUUGUAAUUGAUGUUAUUUUAUUUCUGUGGCAAAAAUGCAAGACGGGAGUGCAGAGAAUGCAUACUGGCGCAGUUGAGGGAUCCAAAUUUACACAAAAGUGUGAAUUGAACAGCAAGUGGAUCUAUAUCCUUUGUCUUGUUUAUGAAGUGAUGCAACAAUCCAGCAUUAUGGAUACUGAUGCUGUUAUACUAGGAGAAGCUGCAUUGCGAUUGGCAGGAAUUGCUGAAACCUUGGCCGAUACCUCUAGGAAAUAUGGAAGAAAGUCAGACAGGUCAAAUGAAAAAAUGAACAUGGACUUGAGUAAUUCAAGAAAUAGACCUGGUUUUCUUAAGAAAACACCAGUUAUGCAGCUGAUCUUUGCAUAUGAAACCCUAGACAAGGCAAUAAAAGGAUUGUCAAUGUCACGUUCAAAAGGCUCUGUAACAAGUGGCGAAGUGGUGGACCACUAUAUCACAAGGCUGGGUGUAAAGAGACAGCAUGAAAAUAACACAGCUGAAGUGCAGAGAAGCUCCUCCAAGUCACUCACACAUAACGUGACGAUGAUGGAUUUACAGCUUGAGCUAAUUGUGGCUCAGCACUGCGUGUCAGUCAAAAUCCUCAAUUGUCUACAAGUGGAUGGUGAACAGAUGAGAUUGUCUAAAAACUGCAACCAGAAAAAAAACAGUGAGCCUACAAGUUUCUACACAGAAUCGGAGAUAAUUGACAUUAUCAGCAAGAAUAACCUGUCCAAAGCCAUAUUUUUAAUGCAAAAGGCAGUACUAUUUACUAAGGGACUGGACAGUUCUCCUAAUAAGCUUUUGGAGGAUUCAGAGAAACUGAUUCAACAGGCUGACGCUGAAGAAAAUGCAGUCUUUUUAUCUUGCGUUAAACAACCAGAAUCUAAAAAUGGGAAAUUGAUCAUUCCUCCUCCACCCAUUUUAAUUCGCAGAACAGAACAUUCAAUGGUGUUUAAGCCAGCUCCUUUCACAUCAGACAUUAAGGUGUCUUGGUACUGCCUAUUUGGACGCUGUGUUACAGGACCCAGUUUAAAAGUAAGGCUAAAUGAUCACCAUCUUCCUGGGACAGGAGUAGAGGUUCCAGCAAAUGGAAAUAAUUUAUUGGAGGCUAGGGGCCUGAAAAAAAAUGAGAGGUACAUUUUUGCUGUAGCAGCAUAUUCAAGAGAUGGACGUCUCAUUGGGGAUUCAGUUGGAGAAACCACUAAACCAAUUCUUGCCUUUCCUCCUCUGUCUGUGCCUGCCACAUGGGCCUACCUAGCACAGAGCGCGUAUCAUGUUGGCAACUAUAAAGUAGCUAAGCGGGCCUGCUCCGUGCUAUGGAACUACUUUGUUUUGUCACCAGCGCCUUCAUCUACUGAUCUGGCUAUAUCACAAAACAGGGAAGGUUAUAUACAUCAGACAAGUUUGUGUAAUGAUACCAUAUCAAAGUCUUCUCCCAUACUGCUGCAACUAUUCCUUGGAAGUAUUUUUACAGUGAGUGAAAUAAACAUAAAAGAAGGAGCACUCUUUUGUGACUCGCUUUGUGAUGGAGGUGUUCUUCUCAAGGGGCAACUUUGUCGGAUAGCUGAAUGCGAAAGAUUGUUAGUGGCUCUUGAUGUUAGUACCUUGCUGAGCGAUGCCAACUAUGCCCUUCAAGCUGUUGUUCAAUGCUAUGGUCUGAUUGCUCCAGUAAUCUAUCACAGAAUCCCUUCUGUUCCAGUAGUGCAGAUCCUAAUUAAAUGCUUGGCAGUUUUUCAAGAGAUCCCCAGCAGCACUUGGCAGAAAAAACAGGCUGGUGUAACAGAGGGCGUACUGCACAUGACAGCCUGCAUCGUGUAUUAUGUAGCCAAGGUGCUUCGUUCAUGGGAGGAAUAUGAAAUAGCAGCUUCUGUAAUAGAAACUGGGAAAAAGUUACUUGAUGUCACAGAAAGCACAGCAAACUGUGUCCAAGCAUAUCAGUCAAAAUUAAGUGAUGACCUUGAAAAAGCAAAGGAUGGGGGAGAAAAAGGAGAAAAAGAAAAGGGGUCCUUUCCCAAAAAGCAUCAAAAAAAGAAACUAAUUAUUACGGACAAAGUUAAUGAACAAUUGACUGCCCUGGAACAAGAUCUUCUAAAAUUGACUAAACCAGUAACUGGAACAGAGCUCACUGGACAAGAGGAUCCUAUACUUCUUUAUUCAGUAGUAACAUGUUGGACUCCAAAUGCAGCUUUUAAACAAAUCAUGAAAUUUAAGAAAAAAUCUCGUUUCCUGGAAUUUAUUGUUCAGUUGUUGCAGCGAGUUUUAUCAGAGGAAAAGCAUCAGAAAGUACUUGAGUGGUCUACAGCUGUGCUUGACUAUUUGAAAAGGAGGAAUCAAAGUAUUCUUGGAAAAAAACAAAGUGAUCCAGCAGAUGAUGUGCCAGUAGCAAAUGAUUCUUUUAGGAGACACACAACAGCCCUUGUUGGGGAUCAGAAGGAACAGGCUUCAUCAACAGUCAAGCAGACAACAAAGCAAAAUGUGGCAAAAAGAUCAGAAAAUGUCAAAGCACAGCCAAAAAAGAAGACUCGGAGCUUGCAUCCUCACAAACUUUCAGGAGAAGAGCUUGAAAAAAAAGCUUUUACAACCUUGACCGUACUGCUGACACCUAUUGUUGGUAGAUAUAUAAAACGUAAAAGACUUGUACAAGCCAGCAUAGAAGAAAUGCCAUGGAGAGCUCAAAUGAAUCUAAUCCUGGCACUAACUCACUUCAGCUUGUUUAAGAAAAAGCUUAGUCAGCUGUGCCGUGAAGAGCUGGUGUGUACCCAGAGCAAUCACAGACUUCUAGAUCCUGAAUUAUUCACUUUGCAUCAUGCUGGCACUGUCGUCAUGGCAACUGAAACAAAAGCUGCGGAUGAGCAAGUGUCUAGCCCAGGUCACCUUCAUCCCUCACUUAAACUAGAUCUUCCACCAGAUGCCAAGCUAACGGAUUCAGCUGACUAUUCAGAGCCGAGUACAAAUCGAAGUGAUAUGGAUAUGGAUACUCCUCGCACUCAGAUGACCAAUGACACUGACACAUCAGUCCCAGCUAUGAAAGAGCAAGCAACAUUAAACAUGUCUUCAAUUAUACUUUUGGAGCAUCUUGGGAAGGUUUUUGAUCAUCUUAAAAAAGCACUGGUUCUUGCACAUCGAGGAGGACACUGGACAUUACUUCAGAAUGUGUGUCGUGUACUUUGGAACCUCGUACUUGAAUUGCAGGUGACUGCCAAAGGAUUUGAUGCCACUAAAGGAUUUUUUCCCAUCACAAGGGACCUCCUGAACAGUGUAAUAUGGAUACCAUUGUACUUUGCAGCAGACUCAGUCCUUGACAUGAUACUUGUCCUGCAAAACACUGGUUCUAUGAAGGUUGUUGAUGAGAAUGAAAAAUUCAGUGUCCCCAGCUGCAUGGGUGGCAUUGCUGACGAAGAAGGUGGAUCAAAUCUUACUUUUGAAUAUCCGCUUGAUGAUGUCACAGUAAUUGAUAUGCGCUGGACAUGUGAUCUGGUUCUAAAAGCUAUAGAAGUUUUAUAUCACAUGAAAAGAUGGAAAGCACUGGUUCAUGUAGCAAUUCAGUUCAAUACACUGACUCAUGAAAGAUUUACAGAGCAAGUAACCCCACUGUUGGUUCAUGCACAGAGAAUGUUAUCUGCCAUCCACACACCACUGGGCAAUAGUGAUGACAAGAUGCAUUGCAGGAAUUAUAUAGGAAAACAGCUUCAUGUUGGCACAGUGUGUAAUAAAGUGAGGAGUCCUGGAGCAGAUAUUGAUCGGAAGGGACACAUUGGUCAUUCAGAUGGUAGACAACUUAAGACACCUUUAUGUGUCCCACUGGAUGUGAUGGACACAUUUUCUUGCUUCCGUGAUAGUCUUCAGGAAUCAAAAUAUUCAAGCAGAGCACUUAAACACAGCAGAAAACUACUGAUGUUAUUUCUUGCUUCCAGCCAAGACUUGAAUUUACACGAAAGACAGAGUGGUCUGCACAUCUCCUAUGGAAAAGUUGGUUUCUCUGCGGGGGCAAUGCAAGCUCACCGGUCUGUCCCUCCAGACCUUUCAGAAGAAGAAUUUCUCUCUACGUGUUCUAUUGAAAACAAGCCAAUCCCUUCUUCACAACUUUCAGUUGUUAUAACUUCCUAUGACAAGACUAUUGAAAUCCUCCAUUCGGACAGACAGCAGAGCCUUAAAGCACAAGCCCUCAAUGAACUUGGCAAUCUCUAUCUGUAUGCAGGGAAUAAAAGAGCUGCUUUCAAAUGCUGGUGUCAAGCCCUUGAUGAAACGCUCAACAUGUCUGAUGCUCUUAAUUCAUGGCAAGAGCUUGAUGGCUCCCCAGACAGCAUAAGCAGCAAAAGAUCUAAAGAUUACAGUAAGAGAUUUUUAUCCCAAGCAGGGAUUUGGGGUUGUUUGCUGGCUGCUGUCAUUGCUUCUAAAAUGUCUCGUUACAUCUUGACAUCAAAUGUCAGAAAGAGAACAGAAUGCUGCCUGUUCUCAGCUUUACUUUUCAAGUCACUGUUUUACGUGUCCCUGCCUCAUCCAGAUGAAGACCUUGAUUAUGCAUUAUAUGAGAUUGGGGAAGGAUGUGACAUAACUGAACUUAUUCCAGGGAUUGACCUGUUUUCUGAUCGACGCAGAGCAGAUGUCAACACUGUUGUCUCUAGUCUGGGUUUUCUCAUUUCAGAACUUCAGUCAUUUGCUCAAAAUAUCAUGGUUUUGCCAUUACUUACUUUGUACCAGUAUUUUGCUUCUACAAUAUGCCGUGACCCUGUCAAAUGUGUGGAAGGAAGGCUUUUAAAGAUUAAAGCGCUCACAGAUUUACACCUAUUUGCUGAGGCACUCCAUGAACUUUUGCUACUUAGUAAUGGAGAACGAAUUCCCAAACGACCGCAUGAAGGAUUCUGUCCUGGGAAACCAUUGGCAAAUGUGAAAUUCUCACCCUCAAAGACCCUCCUCUACAAUGAAAACCUACAGGCUAUUGAAGAAGUCCUCAACGCAACACCCAGCACACGUCUACUCUCUGUGUGUGAUCAAGCAGCUGUAAACAAGCUAACAUUGGCUAAAACACAUUUUCUUAUCAAGUUGGCUUCAACGAUUAAUGUUAUUCCUGAAGUGGUAAAGAAGUCUGAUGGAUUUGUGACUGAGGAAAGCACAAAGCAACAAGACACCACGAACUCAAAAGAUGGGGAUGAUUCACAUGUGCAACUAGCUUCAAAGCAAGAUUUCACCCUAUCAAUGCUAAAGGAUAUUUUGUUAAAUGAGGCUGAAAAAAAUCUGACAUCAGUUCUUCAGGAUAUUGAAAUAUUAUGCCAGAGCCAAUUCUCGGAGUGUUCCGCAGUGUACCUGGAGAUGGCAAUUCAGACAAAACUUCAACUUUCUGAAAUAGCACAGCAGAGGCAUCAUACUGCAGUAAGUGUGGCCAUGGCAUUUUCUGCCCUGAAGAUACUUCAGGAAGCAAAGAUUCUUACAGACAAAUCCCAGAGUAAGAAUGGGCCUUCAUCACUUAACAGAUCCACUCCAAGGAAUGAUCAGACCAUUAACCAAGCUGUCAUCCAGCCUGAUGUUUCAGAAGCCAGGGAGCGCCUUAACAUGCACCUGUGGCUGCACUGUCGACUUUCUCUUGUCAGAGCCCUUGUAAAGCAGAUACAGGGCAUAGCAAUAAAAGACCAGGACAUGCUUGAUAGCUCAGCUCUAAUAACUGAGGGCAUUGUAGAGUCGGAAACACUCCAUGACUAUGAGAUGCAGGCUCAGUUCAUGCUACAAGCAGCUUUCCUUGAUAUUCAAGAGAGGCAUCCCAAACAAGGUGUUCAGCUGCUCCUACAGAGUAUAAUUCACUUGCUGCAAGAAAAGCGGUUCAUUUCUCCCAUGGCACAGAUAACCCUUGCUCAGAGUUUGAUUCUUUCAGCUGACUUAAUAGAAAAUAAUGAGGAUCAGCAAUUGGUUUGGUCAAAGCAGUUAAACAUUUUCACUUCAGUCCACAAACUCACCAACAAACAACUUUCUUGUCUUGGAGAAUCCACAGAGCAUGAUAUAAAAAAUGCAUCCCUGCCACCUUUCAAGAAUCUCUACUUACCACACAUGUCUCUACUGGCUAAAACCAAAAUGAGGAUUGGACGAGUGUUGACUCUCCAAGCGUGUUCUCCAUCUGAAUCAUCUAUUAACCUGUCUGAGUUGUUGCCAUGUUUGAAUCUAUACAAAGCAGCUUUACAAGUGUGUAGAGGGGCCUCAUUUCGAGAAUAUGACUUGGAAGCAGAAUUGCUUUUUCUAAAAGGUAAGACCGAGCACCUGAUGUUUGUUCUUGGAGACAAUGAAAAAUCCAGAGCCAUCAAAUCCUUUUCUGAGGCUAUAAAUGUGAGCAGUAAUUAUGAUCAUAACUUUAGCCUAAUACGAAAAGCUUACCUGGAAAUAUCUCUAAUAUAUAUUCACAUGUCCAAUCUGGAUACAAACAAAAAUACUAUAACUCUUCGAACCACAAAAACACCAGAAACUCCCACAUCAAAAGGAAAGGCAGCUAAAGUGCUGGCGAGAUAUGGUGGUGAGAAAGUAUUGAGCCCAUUGGAAUUCUACAGAAUGCUGGCAUGGAUUGCAAUACGAACUGCUACACAGGUGGGGGAAGCCAUGUUGGCAUAUAAGCAGCUGAUUGGAGAAAGCAAUGUUACUGUGCAGACUAUUGAUCCCCAAUUACAUCAGAACAUACCAUCAUUUGCUUGUAUAGAUCUACUAGCAAAUUACAAGGCGUACUUACCAGGUUGUCAUAACUGCACUGAAAAACAGGAAGAAAAUGCAGGAUAUCGUGCAACAGGAAAGCUUAAUCUUCCCAUAGGAGAGCUGUCUUGGGUACAUAUCAUCCGCUAUCAGAAUCACCUAAUGAGGUUGAAGAAUAUUCUCACCCUGACAGGUUUUUCACAAAAAAACGAUGGGAAAGUGUCUACUAGCGACACAAUGUACACAUCUGUCUUUGGUAACGGGAUUACAGUACGCUAUGCAGGGAUGCACUUGUUCCUCAAGAAGUAUCUUUACUCUUACUCCACCUGCUGUGUGAUUGACUUCCCUGCUGAACUUCUCUGGGGACUGGAACACAAGUCAACAGUAUUUCACAUUCCAUCUAAGGAAAAUGCAGGAAGUAAAGAAUUUCAUCAGAAAACACCAGAGGCGGUGAAAUCUACUUCCAGCAUGUCAGCAGAUAGCAAAGCAGAAAGAGAACAAAUAGCAACACAUGCUUUAGACAAGGAACUUUGUAUGCAGUGUUAUUUUCCAUCUUUAGAAAGACCAGGAAACAAAAAUCCCAUGGUGUUGCUAAUGUAUGCCUACAACAAGCAGAAUAUCAAUGUUAGAGACCUUAGAAAGUGUGAUCCAAAAGAGCUUCAGUGUGGCUACAUUGGGAUUCCUUUGUCACGUGUCCUGUCACUACAAGAGAAGUUAAGUAUUCUAAGGCAGAAGGCGGAACUCUCUCUCAAUCCAGUAAGAGAUGUUUAUGGGGAACAGCAGAAAAGGUCUACUCAUACAGCUAAAGAGAGCCGUGACAGUAAACCGGUCAUGAUCACACAAGAAUUACAGACAUUGAUCUUGGAAUGCUGUUCUGAAGCUCAGUGUUUGCUUUCUUCUGCUUCUGAUCCUCAAUCGGUAACUCAGGCUCCAUUUGACAUCACUUUGCCAUCAUUAAUCAGGCUGGAGAGAGUCUUUGACCUGACUCACGGCUGUAUGUUAAUGAAGGGAAGCCUGUUAGAUUGGGUAAUGUCACAGUUUACCUGAGCUAUACUAUGUUGUCACUUUUACUUAUUUUGUUACCUUUUUUUCAGAUAUGUAAGAUUUUUAAACAUAUUUUCUAUUUUUUCUUGUGCUAGAUUUUUUCUGUGUAUAGCAAAAUAUAUCAUUUUAUAUUGCAUUGCCUACGGUAAAAUAUCUGAUAAAAAUCAAUCUUAAUGUUUCCCCUUUAAUUUCUGAAACCAGUAAUACAUUUUCCAACUGUAAAAAGUUCUAAUAAAGAAAUAAAAUUUGUUUGUGUAAUGUGGCAGUGCUUGAAGCAUAUUUGUCAUGGACCACUAUUGUAAAAAAACUAUCUGCGGUUAAUAUUUGUAUUGCUACCACGAGUGUUCAAGAGGUUGGAGCAAUAGUUUUUUUCUUAAGAUUUAAACCAUAUGAAUAAAAGGUGACUCUUAUAUACAAUCCAAAA